CAAGCAGUGUGUGCACCAAGUCGGACCUCCUUACUAACAAGUCGUAGACUUGACACAACCAAGUUAUAUGACUUUAACUUCUACUGGAGUGCAGGUAACUACACAACUCUCCCCAGUACUUCAAGUCAAAGGGCUACACCACUAUGUCAAGUUGACAUGUCGGUCACCAGGUAAAUACUAGCCACUUGUAGCUCACCAAUUAAGGUUUGUAGGGUACAACUUUAAGCUACACCACAUUGAAACUAUUGCUAACACAUUCUCUGGUUUUCUCCACUUUGUUUAAUAUCCACUGUGUUCAAUGUUUUAAAAUAUCUCCCUGCUUAUUUUGUGCAGUAUAUCAUGUGAGAGCUUCCAAAUUGACAGAGGCUGUUUCCUUUGUGUUGUUAAUACUUGCCUCCUGCUAAUAUCACUGUUUUAUGUGCUUAUGUUGAAGGCAUAGCCUCCAAUCACUCAGAUGAUUACCCGUACAGCUGGUCUGUACUGCCUUAUCAUCCUCCAUCUUUCAAAUAUGGAAAUAGGAAGGUCAGUGGUUGCCUUGACUGCUGCCAUGUCUCCCUAGUCUACAGAUGCUCUGGUCAUGUAUAACUUCAAUGAAUGUUUGUAUAUUUAACGGGUUCUAUUUAGUAUAGUGAAUGGAUUCCAUUCAGCAUACAAACAUUCAUUUAAAGCUGGAAUCCUUAAUUGUGAAACUGCCAAGUCCGUUUGCGAUAUUACAACAACAAAGAAGUUAUUGCAAACAGUAGUUCAUUGUGUAGUAUACUCCUCUAAGAAAACCAAGGUUUCCGUUAGCCGGUAAUAGCCAGGUUUUGGACAAUAUAUUUUUUGCUUGUUGAAAAGCUGAUAAAUAAAAUUGCUGCCAGCCAAUUGUCCACCGGGAGAGAAAAAAGCCCAUUGCGAAAUAAUGCUUUUUAGCCUAUUAAUUGAUGGAAAUACCAGUGGAUGUAAAUACAUUUGACUGGUCAUGCUUAUCGGUCUAUAGGUUAAUUUGCAUAAUUUAGUGGAAUUAAAUUGGCGCAUGUGUACAGCAUAUUCGUUAUGUCUCUUAUUUAUCACGAGUACAGCAUACAGAUACAGAACCUUUGAGCGGAAUAUCUGUCAGACAGAGCGAGAGCUGCUGCUACAGCAUCUCAAACAGCAAAUGCAUAUGCAACAGAAGGCAGGCUUCAUCAGCGCACCAGCUGGAGGCAGUAUGCAUUUUGAAAACAUAUACUUAAUUGUUUGAAACCUGAACAUUUUACUACAUAUUAUGAGGCAUGUCUUACCUUGCUUCAAAGAAGCCUAGCCAAAAUCUGACCAUAUCCGUGGAGGCAAUUAUAUUAUAUCAACUUUCUUUCAUUGUCCAGUAGCCAAAGGCACAAUCCUAGUCAUAUUAGCAACCCAUGCUACAUCUUGCAUAUUAGAUCUCCCCUCUUUCUAAAUGUCUAACAUAUAUUUUCAUCUCUGUCACAUGAAACCUCUGUCAUAUGCGGUGUGGUUUUGACAACUGUCUUUUCCCCCGCUAAUUGCAUUAUGGUACGAACAUUCACGUGAAGCCUACUGCCUUGUGCGCGUUGCUGCACUUAUAAUGUGAAUAAAUAAUCGUUUAUCAACAUUUUGAGCAGGAUUUUCUGAUCUGUUGCAUCAGACUCUUUGCUUUUUCAUGUUUUUUUUUGUAUAUGAAGCCUAGGCCUACUGGUUGUAUACAUUUGGGAUCUAUCGUCCUACAGCUGUACCAGAGUCUGUUUGGAAUAGGCUAUUUCUUUCUCAACAAUCACACCAAUAGAAUAGGUAAACUUUUCUACUAUGGGGGAUAGUAGAUUGACAUAGGCUAGUGAUUUUGCUGUUCGUUAUUCUUCUUGUUGGCUGAGGAAAAGUAAAUGUGGACAGUUAUUCUAACACCUUCAAAGUGCACGUCAGAAUUUGGUAAGAAGGGCCGCACAUCAUUGCAUCCUCCACUUGCAUGUUCUGUUAAUAUGAAUGACCUUCAUCUAAAUGUGAUUUCUGUCAUUCUGAGCACAAUGGGUGGAUGCCCUAAUCAGGUUACUCAUCCAAUGCUUAUGAGUCCGGUACAUUUCUGAAAUGUCUGCUAAAUUAAAAAUUCUGCUGGUCAAAUAUCCAGCGCCACAUUUUCCCUAGUGGACACCGUAAAACAGCGAAGCACAGUUUUUUCCCUCAGAUGUCAUUGCACAGGGAUAGAACAGCAGAGUAAGUACCGCAAUAAUUUUGUACCACAUUGUGGGAGGCUUGUUACCUCUGCUUCUUCAACAAAACAAAAACAACAUUGGUAGGGCGGACAGUGGCGCUGUUUCCCCCUACUGCGGAUUCCAUUUUUAAGAUAUAAUGGCUAAAGAUGCUUCUGCCUGUUGUCUGAUUUGAGCCAUCUCUCUGUGUAUUGCUCAAACUGCUUAUCGUAAGAUGUUUUUCUGCAUUUUCACAAAUUCAAAAACGUAAAAUGUUGUUUAGCAAAAUAAAAUGUGUUGGUUUGUUUAGGUUUGCAAGGGAAUUGAUGGCCAACUGCAUGUCAACCUGCUGUGCUCGAUGAAUGUGUCAGAAACCCCUCUGGAGACACUACCAGACAUGGAGAGCACAGAGGAGGCCGUCAGACUGCUCAAGUCCACAAGGGAUUUUGACUAG